UCCGACCGACGCCCGCGGUGGCAAACCCCGAGGCAGCCCCAAACCACGGGUGUCGUUGCCUCCGCUGCUCUUCCCUCCUCGCUCCCGGUCCCUGCCGCGCGUCCGCCGCGAGCGCCGGGCUAUGGAACCGCUCCAGCUGAAGCUGCUGGACUACCAAAACGGGGACUUGCAUCCCAGCUGCCUCUUCGAAGUGCCGAGCGGCGGCCAGAUACGGAGAACGUCUCUGAAGUUCCAGCGUCCGGCCCUGGAUGAGAAUGGCCACCGAGAAGCGGAAGAACUGGAGCAAUUCCCGGUGCUGGAGGCCGCCUACGCCACCAUCCUCCAGGGUUUGGGCGAAAACCCCGGGAGGGAAGGGCUGUUGCUGACGCCUCGGAGGGCGGCCAAAGCCAUGCAGUUUCUCACCAAGGGCUACUAUGAAACGGCCGAAGAGAUACUCAAUGAUGCUGUUUUUGAUGAAGAUCAUGAUGAGAUGGUUAUCGUAAAGGGCAUUGAUAUGUUUUCUCUUUGUGAACAUCACUUGGUUCCUUUCUUUGGCAAGGUGCACAUUGGGUAUUUACCAAGAAAAAAAGUUGUUGGAUUAAGCAAACUUGCAAGAAUUGUUGAAAUGUUUAGCAGAAGGCUCCAAGUCCAGGAGCGACUUACAAAACAGAUUGCUUUAGCAAUUACUGAGGUUCUGAAACCUGUUGGAGUGGCUGUGGUGAUAGAAGCCUCACACAUGUGCAUGAUCAUGAGGGGGGUUCAGAAAAUGAACAGCACAACAAUCACUAGCACUAUGCUCGGCAUCUUCCGGGAAGAUUCAAAAGCAAGGGAGGAAUUUCUUGCCUUGAUCAAGAAUUAAACAGCAGCAGCAGCAGCAGCAGCAGCUUGUAGUUAUAUCAAUGGUUUGGAUCAUACACAAUUGAUGAUUAUAAUUGCCUGGGUAAUUAAAAAAGGAGAGAAAACAGAGUUCAUACUUGUAUCACAGUUUUGUUCCCAUUUUUGCAUAACACCCUUAAUAGCCUUCUGCAAUUGGCUCCCUUGGGAAUGGCAGUCCUAGCACUUCUGAGGUGUGUAAGUUUGAGGAAAGACACUCAGGAAUUGUGUUGAAAUAUUACCCAAGCAAUGCAGAUACCAAUAAAUUGGUUUUAUUCAUAUGGCAGCAUAUAUGAUAUGGUCACACAGAUCUCCUUGCAUCUUUUUAUAUAUGCAAAUGAGAAUAAAUUACGAGACCUAUCUCGCUUCCCAAAUGAAAAUUAUAUAAAAUCUGCUUUCCAAACCCAAAGCCCAUCAGAGAUACUAGUCUUUAAAUCCCAUAUUGUUUUAGGAUUAAGAGAGUUAAUCCAAGCAUCUGGAGGAUACUAGGAUGGGGAAGGCUGGUUUUGGUACUCUCAGUUUGAAAGUUUGGAUGGUGAGGUUAGGGGAGGCUUAUGGCUCCAGUGGUGUCAUUCUGAAAACAAAGCCACGGAGAGAAAAAUAAAUGAUGAUUGCAACAUAGUAAAACUAAAAAACAUAAAUCUCAUGCAGGGCAUUUCUCUGCUGUUAUAAUUCCUUAAGUUUCACAGAGCUAUCUUUAGCUUGCAGUUAUUGCUACUCUCUUUUUUAGAGAAGACCACAAGAAUGUUGGUGUCCUAACAAGUUCCACUUUCUUAGGGGAUAAAGGGCAAGAUGUUUAUUCUUGGCAAUUAUAAUCUAGAAAGAGAUAUAGUAUACUAAAGCCAAUUUAUUUCGAAGCCAUCUAGUUAAAAAAGAAAAGCUAUUAUUUAACAUUUUGUGCAACGAAUGAAACUGAUUAGACAGGAUCCAGUAUUUCCCUGGCUAAACAGAACCAUAUGUUAAUAUGAUGCCUUCCAAAGCUAUUAAAACAAAACAAAAGCAGCCAAAUACCUACUAAAGUGGGAAGAAAAAAAAACCCUAGAACCUAAAAUCUAGAAUAUUGAUUUAUUUCACGUGUGCUGCACAAUAUGUGGUUUGAUUUGUUUUUGAAUAAAAAGAUUAAUCAUGCCAAGUCUCCAAAAAAAAAGGGGGUGAGUAUUUGGAUUGCUGAGAUAUUUAUACCUGGUAAAAUAUUAUAUUUAUAUUAGAUGAUCAGUCCAUUUCCUCAAUAUAAUAGGACUGAUUUUAUAAAGGCCUUUGAUUUAAGACCUUAAUAUAAUGACUUCAAAUAUGAAAAAGAGAGUGGGACAAAACAUUUCUUUUGUAAGUAAAUAAUCCCAAGUGGAACAUGUUCAGUGUAAACAUCAGAUCCUGGUCUCUGGGUGUUAUGUGAAUUUCGUUGUAUGUGUAAACUGUGUAUAUAUGUACAAUGACAAUAAAAUAAAGUAAAGAUAUUAGGCUAGAAGCAUUUUCUCUGUUUUAGACUGGAAAGAUGUUAUAAUACAUAGUAUUUGGCUAGAUGGAUAAUAAUCUGCCUUGAGUAAGGCAACUUCCUAGAUACCAGCCUUCCUCAUCUUGGUGACUUCCAGACAUACUGAUUAUAUCUACUAUCAACCUCAUUGGUCAACACUGAUGGGUGUUGGGGUCCAAGUUGUUCUAUAUGUUCUUCCAAUACUAAGAUGUUUCUAUACUGAGGGACAAGGCAGAUCUUUGGUCUAAUUCAAGGCAGCUGUUUUACAUUGUAAUUUCUUUUAUUUACAGUUCCACAUAUUUUGACCAACCUCUGCAAUUAGCUAUUAUUUAUAGUCUUCUCUGUAUGAAGAUUUUAAGGGUAGGCUUGUUCUGGAACUUCAGACCAUGCAUGGAUUCUAGGUUUGAUGUUCCAGUUUAAAGGCCUGGCUUGUGGAAAAGGAGUGUAUGGGAAUCUAAAUAAAUGUAUAAUUUGUAAAAUGAGAGAUUGGCCAUUUAUAGUGGCAUACAUACUACCUUUAUUGAUGUCAGAAGAAUACAUCUGCCUUUCACUGACAUAUUUUUUUAUUAGCAGCUUAAACUGAUUUAGGAUUAAGAAAUCUUGGGAAUUAUAGGAGGAGAAAGAUGUUAAGAAUUGUAGAAAGAGUGAAUGACUUCAGCACAUUUUAAAAAUUAUUUUGAAUCUACCAAGAUAUAUUUUGAGUUAUGCUGCAUUGUCAGUUCAAAUCUAGGUCACUCUAAGUCACCCAGUGACACCCACUACAGUGUUUAUGUUAGGAAUGUAAGAAUCAGGUUUAAAAAACCAUCUUGUCCAGCUUUUCUUUCCCACAAUAGCCAUCCAAAUAUAUCUGUAGAGGUCAUCAGUGGAACAUGAAUGCAAUAGGAUCCUCUCACAUUAUUGAACAAGUGUUGGGAAGGAUGUUCCUUCACGGUUGAAACUAAGAUAUGUGCUAUGCUGCUGUGCUAAUCCAGAAUGACUAAUGGUUAGCUGUCCUGAGCACUUUUAAUCUAAGGUCAUGAUGGCGAACCUAUGGCAUGUUGCCACAGGUGGCACUCAAAGCCCUUUCUGCAGGCACACCAGCCAUCGCC